CUGACUUGCUAGGGAAAAUUGUACUAAUUUAUCUGAAAGUGAGUUAUAUUUAGUUCUAUUUGCGGAUUUACCAUCGAUAUAAGUAAAAUAAAACAUCUAAUUGUAUUUUUUUAAGUUUAGCGACUUUACGCCAGGUUGGCAAUGGUUUUAUAAUUUGUCAAAUUUCGUUUCUCGCAUUCCCGUGAAUAUCGAAGCAUAAUCUUAUGUAGACAGUAUUGCUCAGGUAAUCUGACCAAAAUAUCGAAGUACUAUGCCUCUUUUUGGUAAGUCUCAGAAAAGCCCAGCGGAGCUUGUGAGAUCAUUAAAAGAUGCUGUUACAGCUUUAGAAAGGGGCGAUAAAAAGGCUGAAAAAGCUCAGGAAGAUGUGAGCAAAAAUUUGGUUUUGAUAAAGAAUAUGCUAUAUGGUACAUCGGACGCAGAACCACAGACAGAUAUUAUUGUCGCACAGUUGGCCCAGGAAUUGUAUAACACCAAUUUACUGCUGCUUUUGAUACAGAAUCUAAAUAGAAUUGAUUUUGAAGGCAAGAAGGAUGUUGCACAAGUGUUUAAUAAUGUGCUUCGACGUCAAAUUGGUACGAGGUCCCCAACAGUGGAAUACAUUUGCACCAAACCCGAAAUUCUCUUUACUUUGAUGUCUGGCUAUGAACAUCAAGAGAUAGCAUCCAAUUGUGGGACUAUGCUCCGAGAAUGUGCAAGAUAUGAGGCCUUGGCCAAGAUAAUGUUGUAUUCAGAUGAUUUUUACAAUUUCUUCCGUUAUGUAGAAGUAUCCACUUUUGAUAUUGCCUCAGAUGCCUUUUCUACUUUUAAGGAAUUGCUAACAAGACACAAAAUGUUAUGCGCCGAGUUUUUAGAAGCGAAUUACGAUAAAGUGUUCAGUCAUUACCAACGGUUGUUAAACUCUGAAAACUAUGUGACGCGACGGCAGAGCCUGAAGCUACUGGGGGAGCUGCUGCUGGACCGCCACAACUUCUCCAUCAUGACGCGCUACAUCACCAACCCGGACAACCUCAAGCUCAUGAUGAACAUGCUCAAGGAGAAAUCACGUAAUAUACAAUUCGAGGCUUUCCAUGUUUUUAAGGUAUUUGUAGCCAAUCCAAACAAACCAAAACCAAUAUUGGACAUCUUGCUAAGGAAUCAAGACAAACUGGUAGACUUCCUCACCAAGUUCCACACCGAUCGUUCGGAGGACGAACAGUUUAACGAUGAAAAGGCUUAUCUCAUAAAGCAAAUCAAAGAGCUCAAGCCCUUGGAACACUAACACUUAUUGCAUUUCAUUAACUCGCCACUUCCUCCUGAGAAAGAAGUUAGUUAUAGAUGCUAUUAUAUUUAAAUGCUUCUAAGUCACCAGAGGUGUUGUGCGGCGCUGCAAACACAAGGUUCAGUCAAACAUCGGAAAUCUAAAUAGGUUUUACAUUGUCUGUGAUGAAUCAGGGAAAGUAUAUUUGUGCUACGAGCAAAUUAACAUUUUUAAUAAAAACAAUCGUAGGUAUUAGUGUAACUUAUGGUUUGACUUAUAUCUUUUGUAAGUUGUUAAAACCAUUUUUAGUUUUAUGACGAGUUUAGUGACAGUUCUGAAGUCACAAUCGAAUUACAUUAUUAUAAUUAUUAAUUUGUCACAUUUGCCUGCGAUUUCAUACGUUUAGAAAUAUCCAUCCAAUUAGUUCUUGAAUAUUUAAUAUGACUAAAUAGAACAUGUGUCGGAAGUUCUUUAAAGUUUGUAUUGGAGAUUUGUAUAUAUGACUUUUAAUAAUUGGUGUUUUUUAAACAUUUUUUUGUAUUCCAAUAUCAGAACUAUUUAAAUUGUUGAACAUGAAGGAAAGUAUAUUUUAUAUUAUAUAUUUAUAUAAUUAUCAGUAUUGGUUUACAUUACAUAGUAAAAGUAAUAAUUACUGCAGCAGUUUACUUUCUAUGCAUCAAUAUUUUGAAGCAGAGAAUUUAUUUUUUUAAACGCUUGAUAGUAAUUCACGUGUUAUUAUUAUUACCUUUCGAAAAUAUAAACAAGUAUAUUUGAUUAAAGAUUAUAAUUAAAUAGCCAUAUAAGUUGUCCAAAUUACUCUGUCAUUAUUUUAUUACCUACAAUGAUUUCGUGUCAGCAUCAUUGCAACUGCAUCCUAUAGAAACUGAAUAAAUAUGAUAUUUAUAUCA